GAAGAUCCCAAUAUGUUGAGUUUUAUUGAUGGAGAGAUGGCAAAGAAGAAGGGCAAGAAAGUGGAAGUGCCGCCGGAUGAAGUCGAGAAUGAGUUACAGCGAGCCGAGGAUGAGUUGUAUAAGAUACCUGAUCAUCUUAAAGUGAAAAAGCGAAACUCGGAAGAGAGCUCGACUCAGUGGACUACUGGGAUAGCCGAGGUUCAGCUCCCCAUCGAAUAUAAGCUGAGAAAUAUUGAGGAAACUGAGGCUGCAAAGAAGUUUUUGCACGAGAAGCGGCUUGUGGGACAGACAAAAUCAGAGUUUAGCAUCCCCUCAAGUUACAGUGCUGAUUAUUUCCAGCGUGGCAGGGAUUAUGCUGAAAAACUUAGAAGAGAACAUCCUGAGCUCUACAAAGACAAAAGUUCACAAGACAAUGGUGGUGUUCCCAAACAAAAUGAUACUGGCACAGACACAGCAGGACAAAGGCAAGCUGCGACAGAUGAGUUCAUGCUUGAGCGCUUCCGCAAAAGAGAGCGCCACCGUGGAAUGCGGAGAUAAGUUGCACAUACUACAAUCUCCAAGAUGAAUGGAACUUUAUCCGAAAAGAGUCAAGAGUGGGUUCUGAACUUGUCAUUCUUUUGGUAUGUGAAGUAUGCAUUUUAUGCCACAAUUACUCAUGUUGCUCAAGACCAUUACAUCUAAUUAAGUUUUUGAUAUAAUUUCGAAAUCCAGGCUUCUUUCAUGAUAGUGUUGAACCUGGAUGGCCCUUUCCUGGAAGGCGUGCUUGCGCUUUCUGGUUUCUUCUGUUCAUAUUGAGAAUCAGGUCUUGCACUGAGAAAUUGUGGUUGCGUUCUCAUCAACAAUUGUUGCAAUCAUUGACCUUGAUUUUCUGUUUUUAUGGCAUCCUAAUGCUUCGAUUCUCUAUUAAAUUCCAUGAUAUAUCUGUACGAAAGUGUAAUUACCAUGU